AUGUGUCCGCUCUGUAAUGAUCACCCGGAAACGGCUGAACACAUCCUUCUCCUCUGUCCUUGGGUGGAGCCUGUCUGGUUCGGAUGCUCCCUCAACCUUCGUAUAAAUCGUCAGGCGGUGACAUCUUUCGGCCAAUGGUUAGGGAAUGUUAUUGAGAAAGGGAAGACCCCACAUGAGCGAUCAAGAUGCCUAACUGUUAUCGCGCACUUCUGCUGGCAGAUCUGGAAGGAUAGGUGCAAAGCAGUGCUGGAACACAUCUCCCCUUCACCAGCCAGAACUACCCACGCUGCCUCUAUUGCCAUCAUUGAAUUCCUUAGCUCCCUUGAUCAUGGCAGACAUCAAACUGAGCAUCCUACCCCUUCUAAUGACAACCAACAACAACUUUGGAACCCCCCUGCCUCUCCCUUUGUCAAAGUCAACGUGGAUGCAUCAUGGAUUCCAAACUCAAAGAGGGUUGGCAUUGGUAUCCUAAUUAGGAACACUCAUGGAGACUUUAUCAAGGGUUCAUCCAUCCCAUCUGUGGCGAACUCUGCUAUUGAGGCUGAGGCACAGGCUUGUCUUGAAGGCUGUAAGCUCGCUGCUGAGAUGGGUUUUCGUCAAGUAACUUUUGAAUCUGAUUGCAAGGAAAUCAUCUCUCCUUUGAAGGGCCCCUUAUCCAAUGGAAGGUGGGAAAGCUAUCCUAUCCUAAGUACUGUUCGAGAUGUUUUGAACUGCUUCCAGACCUACGUUUGGACGUGGAUUCCUAGAACCGCCAACCAAGCGGCAGAUCAUUUGGCAAUGCUUACCAUUUCGAGGAUGAGCCCGGAAGUAUGGGUCAACCGACCCCCAUCCUCUCUAAUGCAUAUCCUGAACAAAGAUGGUUUACCAUGCCCCCCAAGGAGUGCUUAA